AUGUCAAAACUUGAAUUUUCUCAUCAUUUAUCGGAAUCUGUUAAAUAUAGAACUGAUAAUGAUUUUACUACUGGCGAAUCUUAUCAAAUUCCUCAUCCAAAUCCAAUUUAUUUCAAUUAUGGCUGUCCGAAUCAUGGUUUCUUUCCAAUAAAAAACAUCUCAAUUCAAUCAAUCAAUAAGCCAUUUAACAAUGAAGAUACAACAGAUUUUGUUAUUAAUGGUACCAAUAACAAUGAAAAUAGCACUACCAAUAAAUCAAUUACAAUCUCUCAAGGUUUUCAAUAUAUGGAGGUCACAGGCGAUAAACUUUUUUACAAUUUUAAUAAAGAAUUAAUCUUAAAAGUCAAUCCACCAGCUUAUAAUGAUUGGGAUUUAUUGUUAACUUGUGGUUCUAUUGAUGGUUUAAAUAAAAUCUUCAACAUUUUAAUUAACCCCAAUGAUACAAUUUUAGUCGAAGAAUAUACUUUUGUCCCCACUGUCAAUCAAAUAACUCAAUAUAGGGGUAUUCCAAUUCCUCUUAGAUUGAAUUUAAACCCCAAUAAAAAUUCUAAUAAUGGAAUCGAUUUAGAAUUUUUUGAAGAUUUAUUAAAUAAUUGGAGAUCGUAUCACCCAAAUUUAAGAAAACCAAAGGCUUUGUAUACAAUUCCAAAUGGCCAAAAUCCAACUGGAAUUACAACUUCAAUGGAAACUAAAAAGAAAAUUUAUAACAUUUGUCAAUCUCAUGAUAUUUUAAUCAUAGAAGAUGACCCCUAUGGUUAUAUAAUCUUAAAUGAUGAUUUUAUUCAUAAAAAGAUUGCAAUUAAUGAUUAUAUAAACAAUUAUAUAUCAAAAUCUUAUCUUACAAUUGAUACUUCUAGCAGAGUAUUAAGAUGUGAAACAUAUUCAAAGACUUUUGCUCCAGGCUCGAGAGUGGGUUUUAUUGUAGCCAAUAAUUUUUUCAUCGAUCAUUUAAAGAAAUUAACUGAAUUAACUACUACAUAUGCGUCUGGGAUCUCUCAAACAAUUAUUCAAAAUCUUAUCUUGCAAAAGGGAGGAUUUCAAGGCUGGGUGAAUUGGUUAAUUGAAUUGAGCAAAGCUUAUUCAAUUAGAAAAUAUAAAAUUCUUGAAUUUUUGAAAAAAACAAAAUUGGUUCAAGAUAAUUUAAUCAAUAUCAUUGAGCCAAAUAAUGGAAUGUUCAUUUCCAUUGUCUUUAAGUUUGAAAAUGCAAAUUCAAAUGAAUAUAAUAUUAAAAGUGAUUUAGAUAAAUUGUAUAAUAUUUGUUUAAAUAAUGGUAUUGUCGUUAUCUUAGGAAAAACGAUGGCAGUUGGAGAAAGAGCAAGAGAAAAUGCGAAAUUUAUCAGAAUCACGUUAGCAAUGGCUGAUAAUAUUGAAGAAAUAAUUGAAGGAGCUAGAAGAUUAACAAAAAGUUUUGAAGAGUAUUUUUAUAGUUAA